GACUCAGAGUCAGCGCGCGGUACUCGACGAGCAGAAGAAGAGCGCGUGGAGCCCGCGGUUACGUUGAGUUAUCGAGUGUUUGUGUUGAAGACUGUGUGUGUGUGAUGGAUCUGGGGAAGGAGAGAGUGGUCGCGCUGGUGGACAUGGACUGCUUCUAUGUGCAGGUGGAGCAGAGAAUCAACCCCGAGCUCAAGAACAAACCCUGCGUGGUGGCGCAGUACAAGACCUGGAGAGGCGGAGGCAUCAUCGCAGUGAGUUACGAGGCCAGGGGUCACGGGGUCACCAGGAACAUGUGGGCAGAUGAUGCCAGGAAGCUGUGUCCUGACCUACAGGUGGCCCGAGUCAGAGAGGCUCAUGGGAAGGCUGAUCUCACCCCUUACAGAGAGGCCAGUGUGGAGGUGAUCGAGGUGAUGUCCCGCUUCGCUGUCGUAGAGAGGGCCAGCAUCGAUGAGGCAUACAUGGACCUCACGGCCAGUGUGCAGGACAAACUGAAGCACAUGAGCGUCCAGGACAUCACGCCGCAGCAGCUGAGGAGCACCUACGUCCAGGGCUUCCCACAAACCAGCAGCAGCGGAUGGAGCGAGCCUGCGGGGACAGAUAAAGAGGAGACGCGGCUCCGAGGUCUGCAGCAGUGGCUGGAGCAUCUGUCGUCCAGCGAUCUGCCCUCGAGUGCGGAGCUGCAUCUGACCGUCGGCGCUCUGAUCGUGGAGGAGAUGAGGGCCGCUGUGGAGGAACACACCGGAUUCCGUUGCUCCGCCGGCGUCUCACACAACAAGGUGUUAGCCAAACUAGCAUGUGGCUUAAACAAGCCUAAUCGCCAAACAGUUUUGCCUCUGGGAUCCGUUCCAGAACUCUUUAGCACUCUUGCCAUCAGUAAAAUUCGUAAUCUGGGCGGGAAGCUGGGGACGUCCAUCAUGGAGACUCUGCGAGUGGAAAACAUGGGAGACCUCACUCAGUUCAGCAAGACCCAGCUGGAGCAGCACUUCGGAGAGAAGACCGGGUCGUGGCUGUAUGAUUUGUGCCGAGGGAUCGAGUUCGAGCCCGUGAAGCCUCGACAGCUUCCCAAAUCCAUCGGCUGCAGCAAGAACUUCCCAGGAAAAACCUGUUUGGCUACACAGCAGCAGGUGCAGCACUGGCUUCAUCAGCUGUCCCUCGAGUUACAGGAGCGACUCGACAAAGACCGAGAGAUGAACGGGCGGCUGGCCAAACAGCUGACGGUGGGCAUCAGGCAGGCUGGAGGACAGAGUUUCUCUCGCUGCUGUGCUCUUGUUCGCUACGAUGCUGUGAAGAUGACCUCAGACAGCCUGGCCAUCAUCAAGAGCCUCAACACCGCAGGAAGCCACCAGGAGGCGUGGUCUCCUGCUUUGACUUGUCUUCAUCUGUCGGCCAGUAAGUUCAGCGAUGUUCCCUCGUCCUCAUCCGGAGGAAUAGCAGGCUUCCUGUCCAGUGACGCACCUUCAACACAAUCGCGUUUAGCCUCUACACAAACCUCCAAAACAGAGCCGAGCCCCAAGCGGCCGGGGGCCAUUCAGUCUCUGUUUGAGAAGGCUGCUGAGAAGAAGAAACAGCAAGGGGAGGAAGCUCAUAAAGAUGAACAUGGUUCACCCAGUCUCAGUCCUCAGAAAGCCCCUGGCAUCUCCUCUUUCUUCCACAGAAAGGGUCUGGAGAAGACGCUCCAGCUGUCCGCUCUGCCUGAGGACCGGAGCGCCGCGGCUGCAGUCGAGUCGCUCGCUGAGGAUCUUCACGUGUGCGAGCGCUGUGGACAGAAGGUGUUGGUCUGGGAAAUGCCUGAGCACACGGACUAUCAUCUGGCUCUGGACUUGCAGAGGUCCUUCUCCUCGGCGUCCAGCGAUGGGCCGGUGCAGUCGUCCCGUGGGAAGAGCCAGGCGAAGACUCGGAGCGGCCCGCAGGCCAAGAGAGCGCGAGUGCAGGGAAACCGCGGCACGCUGGACUCCUUCUUCAGAAAGACAUGACCGCAGUCUCAGACAGCUUUUCACAUCUUUGGGUUUUUAAUGGGAAAUAUUUGUCUUUUCGAAUAUAUAUUUCGUAUAUUUUAUUUAAGUAAUAAAUACAAUUUGAGAAUCUGA